GCCCCUCCCCCCCAGCUCCUUCCCAUUAAGGCUGCGCUGAGCCCGACUCGCCGCUUCCCGGCCCGUCCGCGCAGGGACCAGACCAGAACCGGACCCGAACCGGCCCCAGCAUGAGCCCGGCCCGGAGCCCGCCGCUGCCGCUGUUGCUGUUGCUGUGGGGCUGCGCCAUGGGGCAGAGCGACCCGAACCCCGCCCCUGCCCCUGCCCCUAACGCCACGAGGCCUGUAUUCCUGUGUGGCGGGGAACAUGUGGGCGACUCGGGGUACAUCGCCAGCGAGGGGUUCCCCAACCACUACCCGCCCAGCAAAACCUGCACCUGGACCAUCACGGUGCCCGAGGGCCAGGUGGUGAUGCUCUCCUUCCGGGUCUUCGACCUGGAGCCGGACCCCGGCUGCCGCUACGACUCGCUGGAGGUCUUCAACGGGCCCUCGGUGGGCGCCCAGACCCUGGGCCGCUUCUGUGGCACCUUCCGGCCCGGGGCCCUGCUCUCCACCGGCCGCCACAUGCUGCUGCGCAUGGUGACGGACGAGGGCACCGGGGGCCGCGGGUUCCUGGUCUGGUUCAGCGCCGGCCUGCCCCACGUCAACGAGCAUCAGUUCUGCGGGGGAAAGCUGGAGAAGCCCCAGGGCAGCCUCAAGACCCCGAACUGGCCCGAGAGCAACUACCCAGCUGGGAUCAGCUGUUCCUGGCACAUCAUCGCGCCCCCGGGCCAGGUGGUGGAACUGACCUUCGGGAAGUUCGACGUGGAGGACGACACCUACUGUCGCUACGACUACGUGGCCGUUUUCCACGGGGGGGCCACCGACGACUCCCGGCGCGUUGGCAAGUUCUGCGGGGACCGUGCCCCCGGCCCCAUCUACUCGGAGGGGAACGAGCUCCUGGUCCAGUUCGUCUCGGAUCUCAGCGUCACGGCCGACGGCUUCGCGGCCUCCUAUGCCAUCAAGAGCCCCACGGAGGUGACCGAGACGGCCGCGAAACCCGCCCCCGGGAUCUUCCCCGGCUCCAAACCGGGCCAGGCCGGCACCAAGCCCGCCGCGAAACCCAAACCGGCGCCCGAGCCCAAACCCACCACCAGGGCCCCGCCCGAGGCCGAGCCGCCCAGCACCAAGACGCCGGCCAAGGUUCAGUGCCCCCAGAAAUGCCGCCGGUCGGGAAGUCUCCAGGGCCACUUCUGUGCCAACGACUUUGUUAUCACCGGCACUGUGAAAACCGCCGUGCGAGGGGCUGGCGACCGGGUCACAGCCACCAUCUCGCUCCUCAACACGUACAAGGCCGGAGCCCUGAGCCUGCCCCAGGCCGAGAAAGGGGCCACCCUGCGCCUGGAGGUCCCCUGCCGCCAGUGCCCUGCCCUCAAGAAAGGUUCCAGCUACAUCUUCAUGGGCCGGGUGAACGCCGCAGGGGUCGGCGAAUUGCCCCCUGAGGGCUUCGUGGUCCCGUAUCGCCUGCAGCAGCACCAGGUCCUCACUACGCUCAGCAAGCGCCCGUGUGGGGGGGUGCCGAAGAAGAACGCUUGAUCCCGGAGGGGCUAGGGUUGGGGGUGUUGGGUCUGACUUGCGGGGAUGUUGUCUCUCCCCCCCCCGCUGCCCAGCCCCGAGAGGCCAGCUCCCUGUAUCCAAAUAAAGGAGCAAAGCGGACGUUCCGCCUGCGGUGUGGUACGCCGGGGUCAUGCCCCCCUUCGCACGGCAGAAUCUCCGUGCGAAUCGCACAAGCACAGAUCACUAUGCAGCAGCUCCCACGGGCCAGGGCAGAGAUGCAGCCCCCCCACCCCCCUUUUCCUGCUCUAACCCACCAGCCUCCCCUGCCCUCCCAGAGUCGGGGAGAGAACCCAGGAGUCCUGGCUCCCAUCCCCCUCCUCCACUCUAACCCACCAGCCCCCACCCCCCUCCCAGAGCCUGGAGAGAACCCAGGUGUCCUGGCUCCCCGCCCCUCUGAGGCUCCCGCUUGGUUCAGGGUGGGGGUGGGGGGGGAGCUGGUUCCAUGCGCCCCCUGGUGGCUGUCCCAGGGUUUGGCCUGGACUCGGCUCCAGGGGGCCUGGCCCCCUCUGUGCAGCUCUCAGUGGGUUGGCGGCUGGGGGGGGCAGGCGGGGAUAAUGGACUUGCGGGGCACGGGGCUGGAUGGUGGAGGAGCGAGCGGGGAGCGAAAACAGGCCUGGCCAGGGAUAAAUUCGUUCCGGCUUCGCUCUAGUUUCUGUUUCAUGCGGGGUUGGCUCGGAUCCGGAGUCACUUCAGAGCAGAACUCCCUUUCCAAUCCCCCCACGUUCCGGUCCGCUUGGGGUUUGCUCCAGAGUCACUCUGGAUUCACCCCACUCCUGCGGCCUCCACUGGGAAAGCAGGGGCGGGGCCGAGUCGGGGCUCACGGCCAGGACAGCUUUUGUGGGGGCGCAUCCUCUGUGUGACACAGACACCUCCCUCCCUGAGGACCCUGGGGUGGGGGAACCCUGUGUUCCCCUCCCCGGCUCUGUCUCCCAGCCCCCCAGGUGUACAGCCCCCCCAGCCCCGCUGAGCUUCCCCACUGGUAGUUCACCCCCCUCCCUGGGCCCCAGCCCUGACCCAGAGGGACCCUGGGGGGAGGCUGGGCCCUGGCUGGUGCUGGGCCAGUGACCACGGGCAGUGGGACAGGUGUCUGUGCUGCCCGGU